UGGCCAAGAAGCCGACGACAGUGUUUCUCCUCAUGCUUUAUAUGCAGUCGCAGGACCUUGGCGCUAAUAUUGUGGGCCUGGGAUUCACAAUGUUGGUGCUGGUGUUACCGCUUGUGUACUGUGAGGCGGCGGUCCUGCUGGACAAUAAAAAUGCCGAUCUGGGCACGGACAUGCCAACAACUUUAGCACACAACGAGGAAGCCGGCGUGGCGCAGAGUGCUGCGGUUCACAACUUGAGCGCCGCAAGCAGUGAGCUUCCCAGUGGGAUCGCGGAUGCGCAACACUCCAAGUCACCAACCGACUUGAACGCCACAUCUCCAAUGUCGACGCUCACCGCGAAAUACGCCAACGUCGGGAACUCAUCUGCCUCGGCUGACACAAAGCUCGAAAAUGAGGAGAUCGGCAACUUUACCGCCGUCAAUGAGCAGGUCAACAAGACUCGACCCUGGUGGAAAAUCGCCAACGUUACAAUAGUCAUCAAAACCAGCUGCAACAAGCGCGCUGCGCAGCCGAAGCGCGGUUUUAGCGAAGCCGACACACCUGAAUUUUCGAUGGACGGACUGCCGCCCGCCAACUGCACCAAGUUGGUGUACACCUUCUGCCACCAGUUCUUCCGCCUGUACCACUACCGCCCGAGCACCAACACGUGCGUGUCCACACAAGAGGACCCGGCUCAGAUGUGCAACCGAAGCCCCGACCGAUUCGCCACGAUGGCCGAAUGCCGCCGCAUGUGUGUGCAAUCGCGCAGAAGGCCGGAGGUGUGCGACAGCGGGCCGCUGUUCUCGGAGUGCACUUGGCGUGACGUGAAGCCCAAGUGGAGCUUUUUUGACGGCACGAGGUGCAAGCGAUGGCCUUUUCCCGAGGGACUCUGCCCGGCGCCCAAUAAUGAGCGGGUGUUCACCGACCGUCGCAACUGUGACCGCCGUUGCAAGCCUCCCCGAAAUAUGUCGGACGGGUCGCCGAAACCGUGUAGCUCCGGGACGGGUCGCGCAGUGACUUGCACCGCCAACGUGCUAAGGUUUCCCUACUUUGCCAGUUAUUCUUCCGGCAAGUUCGACUGUUUCCGUGCGUCAGUCCAGCUUCUCUCCACUCACCACUGCCUCGUGUCGCGUGCCCUGUUCGCGAACCGUGCCGACUGCCGCAAGACGUGCGUGGAAGUUCCCGUCCCGAAGGACAUCUGCCUGCGAAUAUCGUAGACUAACGGAGCCAGGCAUCUUGCCAGUGUUUGCAGCUGGGCUUUGUUAGCAACUGUUAUUGGAGGACAUUGUCUAAUGCCUCGUUUUACGCCCUUUAGGACAUUCACUGUUCUGUAUUCGCUUUAAUAAAGCAU